AUGGAGAGCCGGGCCCACGUAUCCGAGUCUGAGAUUGCUACUCUUAAGAAGGAGGUCGCUUCUCAUAAGGAGGAGAUCGCUUCUCAUAAGCAGGAGAUCACUUCUCAUAAGCAGGAGAUCGCUUCUCAUAAGGGGGAGAUCGCUUCUCAUAAGGAGGAGAUCGCUUCUCUUAAGGAAGGGCCCACUCAGAUGAACGACUGUCUGCUCUCAUUAACCCUUGUUGUUCAGGAGUAGAGACAUGUUCGUGAAAGGUUUAUCAGUACCUAUAAGCGAAAGAUCGGCGAGGCCACCCCGAGGGACUUGGAGGCUAUUCGCCAUGGUAACAAUACAGCGCAUGGAGGCGACGCAGCUGCGGAUGCCCAGCUCUAUGAGGGGGUAGGUGGCAGAACCCAUGGUUUGAUCUUCGUCGAACUUUACAGAAUGACUCCUUCAGAUGUACAGAAGAUCAGUGAGUGAGCUCCGCUAUUCCAUAUCUUAACUUAAGCAUCAUGACUGACUUCUGUAGGACACAGGGAAACACUCGAGAUCCUGAAUAUUCACGCCAGCGUGGUAGCUGAUACAGCUGUGACUGGUACUAGUGAAUUCUACGCUAACUUUCAAGCGUUCAUCAAGGAAUUUACAAAAUCUGGGUGUAAUGAGAAAUACUUAGAGGAAAUGCCGAGGACAAAUGUACAUGCCGCGUACUGGAAAGUACGAAACUGUCGACGAUAUGGGUAG